AUGCGUGUUAAGUAUGUAUACGUAUACGGCGACAAUCAAUUCUUAAAUGCUAUGCAAUUAGCGAUUAAAUUCAACAAAUUCCUUGUUAAUCCACAAAUCAUCGAUGAGGAUUCACGAGAAGACGUUAAUGUAAUCUUUCCAAAUCCACAAGGUCUGAUAGUUAUGCUCUCUGAUAAGUUGAUCGAACCCAUCCUUGUUGAUAUCCAUCAAGCUCUUUCACUCCCCCUUCGAUUUGGUUUUCUUAGUCUUCGAGAAUCAGAGUUGUUAAGGAUUUGUGAAAUCCUCGAUUUAAGUGAUCUAGGUCGUUUAGCUGCCACAUGUCGUCGGAUGAAUAAAUUUAUAAACACCUCUGAAGCACUUUGGCGCCGGCUAACUAUGAACUUACUUCCAGCCACCUCAAAUGAAUACAAUUCUGAAACCAUUGAAAGAGUAAUAAAAGAACACGGAAAGUGUCCAAGUCGUAUUGCAUUCAAAAAUUUAUACGAAGUUAGGAUCAGUUCUCUCUCGUCGCGUUGA